UUAUGUAUGUAUAUUCCCUCCGACAAAACCCUCUCUCCUUAGCCCUCCACGUGACCACCCGCUUAAAUACCCAGAAUCCAGUUCAAUCAAGUCCCUACAAAUUUAUUUACAUCUUUAAGCGACUACCAGAUUCGAAGAUCGAAUCGUGCGAAGCACCAAAACCAGAGACACUCAUUAACUCUACGGAAAGUGAAAAUAAUUAAAAUCAGACUCAAACAUCAUUCCGCUCAGACCGUACCCUCAGUUUAAUCUUUUCAAACCCUAAAUCCGGAAUCCCCUAGUCCAUAAUCAAUGGCAGCAGCAGUGCUGUAAGAAAAAUAAAUCAAGAAAAAAAGACUGAUAAAUUCACAGCAAUGAAGAGACAAAGGCAAUUCAAUUUGCCGCAAGAACAGCUUUCGCAAGCGGCUAAUGGCGUCGCGAACCCUGCACCUACAGAGUCUCGAUCCGUGACGAACAUUUUAACAGGGUCUCAUGAACUGACGGUAGUAGGCUACUCUCUGGCCAAGGGUAUGGGAGCUGGAAAACACAUUGCCAGUGAUGUAUUUACUGUGGCGGGGUAUCGCUGGGCGAUUUACCUUUAUCCCGACGGAAAAAAUCCUGAGGAUAAUUCUCUGUAUGUUUCUGUCUUCGUGGCGUUGGUUAGCGAGGGCACGGAUGUUAGGGCUUUGUUUAAGCUAAGCUUGAUGGACCAGAGCGGCAAGGGGAAGCACAAAAUUCAGAGCCAUUUCGAUCGCCCGCUCGAGAGCGGGCCAUAUACUUUGAAGUAUUCCGGAAGCAUGUGGGGUUACAAACGUUUCUUGAGGCGAUCUCUGUUGGACACAUCUGAUUUUGUAAAGGAUGAUACUUUGAAAAUUUGCUGUACGGUUGGAGUUGUGGUAUCUGUUACUGAAAGCCCCAACUCACACCAUGUUGCCAUACCUGAAACAAACCUGAGCCAACAAUUUGGGGAGCUGAUGGAGAAUGAGGAAACUGCAGACAUCACAUUUAAUGUAGCAGGGGAGAAAUUUUAUGCUCAUAGAUUGGUGCUUGCAGCUCGUUCCCCUGUUUUCAAAUCCCAGUUUUUUGGGUCCUCACAGGAGCAGAAUAAUAAAGAAAUUUUCGUUGGAGACAUGCAGCCAAAAGUGUUCAAGGCUAUGUUACAUUUUAUCUACAGAGACACACUUCCAGAUAUGGACGAACACAUAUGGUCACCACCACUGACUGCUUCACCUCCUUGCCCUUCGAUGCCUUGGUCAAUGGCUGAAUGUUUACUCGCAGCAGCAGAUCGGUUUAUGCUAGAUCGAUUGAAGAGUUUGUGUGAGGCAAGAAUCUUUCAAAGCAUAUCCAUAGAUAAUGUUUGUACAAUUCUAUCACUGGCUCAAUCCUAUGUGGCUUCUCAGCUGAAAUUUGAGUGUCUUAAGUUUGCUGCAUCAAACUUAGAAGAGGUUGUGCAGUCAGAAGGAUUCAAAUAUUUGAAGGAGAAUCGUCCAUCUCUGCAGUCAGAACUCCUGGAAACAGUUGCACGGUUUGAGGAUGACUCUGGCAUGAUAGAAAAUAGUGAGAGCACAUGGAGCCAUGAUUCUGAUGGCUUUGAUAGCAACAGCACAGAGGCCCAAGUGUAAUAAUAUAAAGCUAAAUUCACAUCAUUUCAGAAAAAAGCAAUAUCCCAAAUGCCAUAAUUUUAACGUAGUGCUAGGGUUGCUGAAUUGUCAUUAGGAUGGAUAUGAGGUAGGAAUGAACUUGUAUUUUUUUAAUAUUUUGGAAACCCUUGAUGUGACAAUAGUGGCUCCCAUGUGUAUCGAUCUCUUUUGGUAGGUUGAUAUGAAAUGCAACCCAAUAGACAAAUGACCCUCAGGGCUGUCCUGUUACAGAAGCUUCUCUUAGUUCAAGUUGGGCUGUUAUCUCCCAUGGACACUGCAAAUUUUUGCCUAGCUUGAUAGAAGCUCUCCAUCCAGUGGCUGGAAACUGGAAUUCUUUUGAACUUAGGAAAUCAGUGUCUUCAUUACUUGGAAGAAUGUAGGGGACAACUGUAUGAAUGUGGCAACGUGCACACUUGUAUUCUAUGAAUAUAAAUGCAUUUUUUGGAUAUUUGCCUUCA